GUUUGAUAGGAAUAGUGAAACACCUACUCUAUUUAAGUUGGGUACAAGUAAGUCUAGUUUCCUCACCAUUUCAUUAAUACAAAGUAGUACUUGUCUAUAUAUUUUUGUAAGAAGAUAGUGAAAUACUCUAAGAGAGAAUGGAAGGCAAAAAUGUUAUUAUGAGUGUUCUCUUAUUGAGCCUUGCUGUGGGACAACUUCAAGUUGAGGCAAAGAGUUGUUGCCCAAGCACCACUGCUAGAAAUAUCUAUAAUACCUGCCGUUUCGGGGGUGGCUCUAGGGAGACUUGUGCAUCAAUCAGUGGCUGCAGAAUCAUUACUGGGAAUACUUGUCCCGGUGGUUGGACAAACGACAAUCUCGAAAACACUGGUGAUCAUGCUGUGAAUGAAUACUGCAAAUUAGGUUGCACAUCCUCCGUGUGCGGUGCCAUAACUACUCUCCAAAACUCUGAUGCAAGUGAAGUUGUGAAUAGAGCUGUUGAAAAAUGUACCAAGGCAUGUUCUGUUUUCUGCUCUAAGGGUUCUAUUACUGCACUUGAAACUGAGAUAUAACAUGUCAACAUGAAGGGUACGUAGAGUCCUCUAAGGAGUGUUGUUUUCUUUGCUUUCAAUAAUUGUCCAAUAUGUGACAAAAAUAUAUGGUAGGCUAGUGUAGUGCUAGCUACUUGUGUUUAAGGGUGUUUUCAGUUUGUGUUGUAGAAGGUCUUCGAUCAUAGAUUGUAUAUUUUAUAAUAUAAUAAGUGUAGAUUAAAAU